CAAUCAACAAACGCACUAUAUCAUCAUGUGUAGAUUUUUCGCUAUCAUAUUCGCUGCGGUUCUAACUGCUUACAGCGUAUUCGCCGCAUUCUUCGGGAUUUUCUCAACAUCAUGGUGGACGGGGCCCAACAAUUAUGAAAUUGGAAUCGCCACGAAUUGCGGUAACACAGACGAAAUAAACGGAUUCUGCACCGAUUUUACCUGGGAUGCGUUUGCCAACAGUACUGAGAGAGCGAUGGCUGGACUUCUCAUAGCAUCCGUCAUACUGGGUCUCAUGUGUUUCUGUGUGAUGGUGUUUAACAUCAUCUUCGCUUGCUGUUGCAUUAAUCUUGCCGGACCAAUGACUGGCAUUCUUGCCGUUUUGAAUGGUCUGUGCUUAGCGGCGGUGUGUAUAGUCAUGGGAUUCUACUGCCACUGGGAAUUUCCCCCAUUGACAGAUAUAGUGGGGUCUGCAUUCAUCAUCGUAAUAGCUGCUGUUCCCUGUACAUUCAUUGCAGCUGCCCUAACAGGUGUGCACUCAUUCAGGAGCUAUGGCCCAAGCAACGACUACAAGGCAUAAGUACCACCUUUCAAAUGCAUCUCAGUAAAAUUUUCAAAUGUAUAAAUAAAUAUAUACUUCAAAACAAG